AUGGUAUCUGAGGUUGAAGAAAGCAUAAAUGCUAUCAAGACACUCAUUGGUGAAAAAUUCCCAAAUUUGAGAAACAUUUUCCAAGAAGGUAUACCAUCAUCAGAAAUCAAUGAUUUUGAAUCAGAAUACAAUAUCAAACUUCCAAAAGAUGUUGUAAAAUAUUUACAACUAGUCAAUGGCGAAUCGCCUUAUGAAGAACAAAAUCAAUUCAUGAUUGGGGUAUUCUUAGGACUAGAAAUGUUAUCAUUAGAUGAAAUCAAACGUGAAAUGAAUGUAUGGAAACAAGUUGUCGAUGAAAAUCCAGACUUUGAAGAAAUGGAACUUGAAACUUAUCCAAAAGGUUUUGUCUCUCCAGUUUACUGUGAUGCUAAUAACUGGAUUGGAUUAACUACUGAUGGGAGUGGGAAUAGCAUAGGUAUUGAUCUUAAUCCUGGUCCUCAAGGUAAAAUUGGUCAAGUUAUAGUAUGGGGUAGAGAUUAUAUGGAUGAACGUAUUGUAUUGUUUGAUACUUGGUCUUGUUUUUUGGAAAAAGUGGUUAAAGAUUUACAAAAUGAUAAAAUUUAUAAAAUUGAAGAUAAUGCUUUUGAAAUGUUGGAUGGUGAAAAUGAUGAAAUUUAUGGUAAUUAUAUGGAUUAUUUAUUCGAAACAACUUUGAAAAGGCUUAGAUCAGGCAAAUAA